UACGAUAUAUUCAAAAUUUUGUAAAUUAUGCUAAUUAAAUUUAUUAAAUUAUUAUCGCAACUCUUUUUCAUAAAAUUUUACACCGUAAACGGGUUUACUCGACCACCAUGGGCGAAUAUUUCAAGGUCCGAGCGGUAGAAGGUCUUAGGCAAUCGGCUCCUGAGCCUACCGAACAGGACCAAAACCUUAAAAGUUACUUUAAAUGGCUAAAAGUCGUCGGCAAAGCCAAAGAAUCCUCUACCAUCUCUAAUAUCUCUUUUUCUCAAUCGGAUCAUCUCUGUUCUAUUUCAUUUGGGACAAAAGUUAAGUUUUAUGAUUACGAAAACCAAACGGUUUGUUAUACAUAUAACUCCUCCAAGAGCUUUGUACGCUGCGCUUCAUUCCGCCCUGACUCUAAGCUUGCUGCCGUUUCUGACGACUCUGGAAACGUUGAUGUUGUGGCUCUGGAGUUGAAAAGCUUGCUUAGACGUUUCAUGGCUCACGAAGGACCUUGUCACUGCCACGCAUUCUCAUUUGAUAAGCUUAGUCUCCUAACAGGUGGCGACGACUCAGCAGUUAAGCUCUGGGAUGUUGCUCAGGAAACAUGCUCACUAACACUAAACGGACAUACAGAUCGAGUCAGAUGGCUAACUCCCGUUUCUGGGGAUUGCAACCUCUGGGCCACUGCCUGCUAUGAUAAAAUCGCACGUGUAUAUGAUAUCAGAACACCUGAAAAGCCAGUUACAACACUUCAAAUGGACUCCCCAGUUGAACAUGUUUCCAUAUCUUCUUCAGGUUUUAGCCUUAUUACCACCGGAGGAAACCAGGUUAAGGUUUGGGAUAUUUCCUCAGGUUUAAAGUUGGAGCUGACUGUUUCUCCUCAUUUGAGGGCAAUCACCAGGUCGUUUCUAUCAGACGAUGAUAAUCUUUUAAUCACAUCUUCACUUGACGGCACCGUCAAAUACAGUGAUAUCAAUAAUGGCCUGAAAGUUUCCCACAUGUAUAGAUUUGAUGGCGAAAUCACUUCAUUUGACUUCAAGUAUAAUAAUGCUUUAGCUGUAGGGCUAUCCACGUCAGACUGGCUAAUACGUUAUAACAACAAACUUGACUCCGGGAACGAUAUUGGAAGUUAUGUGAUGAACGGUUUGGAAACAGCCAGAGUAGACACAGUGAGAGAUAGUGUAGAAGUUUUGGGAUAUAAACCAAUGAAACUUGGACUCCUAGAUCGUCUAGUUAGGACUUUCCAGUAUAAAGCUGCUAUGGACUUAGCCCUCACCCUAACGACUUCACAUGUUUAUAAUUUAAUUGAGUUAUUGAUUUUAAGGGGAACGCUAUCAACGGCAGUGAGAAACCGCGAUGAAAAGACCAUUUUACCUUUACUUAAGUUCGUCUCAAAUCAAAUAAACAAGGAUAUAAACAACACUAACCUUUUACUGGAGUUUUUAAUCACUAUUUUGGACAACAACCGCUGGCUAAAGGAGUGCACAGAUGAGGCUGUUCUGGCUGAAAUGAAGAGGAUCCCCAACAAAAUCAACCUUGAAUUAUACCAACACACAAUUCUGCUUAGGCUUAAAGGCCUUAUUGAUCUCAUUAUAUAGUUUAAUAGCCUCUAAUAACAUUAAAUGUUAAUUUAUUGAUAAAUAUAUAAAA